ACUAACAACCAAUGAAAUGCUAUCAAAGGUCAUAUCCGCAGGAAAGGAAAUGUGAUCACCCUUGUCAGAUUUGUUUUGCUUUAAUCUUUUCUCGGAUCGACAAUAAAUGUUUUAUCACAUCAGCUGUUGCCGUCCAGUAUAGCAGCAAAUUGUUGACACAGGAGGCAGAUCGAUUGUGAAACUGUCCGUGUACACGAUUGUGCUGUGAAAAUGACGUUAAUUUAGUCCAAUUGAUAUCCUAUUUCUUUUUUAGAGACUAGCAUAGACUUUAUUUACUGGAUGAUGUCAAUUGCCUUCCAUCAAUGUCUCAUUUACUUACUCAUGUUAACCUACACAUUUCAACCUAUCACUGCUGAGACUGGUAAAUCAAAAAGAAAAAAGAUCAGUUUACCCAGUCACAUCACAGAUCAUCAACCGGUGCUUUGUUGGAUUCUGAGAUUUCGUGAUGAAGUGUACAAUGAAACCAUAUUUACCGAUCGUAAACAUUUAAAUCUAACAUACUCCAAUUCCGUGGGUGAAUUUUAUAAAGAUCAUCAUGUUUAUUGCCACACCUUUCACGAAACGGCACAGAGGGGAAAUUUCACAGAAUUACAAAAAUCACAUGAUAAGUUACGACAAGAUAAUCAAAGACAUUUUAACAAAUUAGUGGAUACGUUUGAAAAUCAUCUUGAGCUUCAUCCAAAUGUGAAAUGGUACAGCCAGGAGACUGUCAGAUCCAGACAAAAGCGAUCCAUAGAUAUUUACGAUCCUUAUUUUCAUCGACAAUGGCAUUUGGUAAAUCGUCAAAUAGUGAACAUGGAUGUAAAUGUAACGGGUGUGUGGGAGAGAAAUAUUACAGGUCAUGGUGUUACAGUAGCUGUUGUUGAUGAUGGCGUUGAAUGGACAAACAAAGAUUUACAAGAAAAUUAUAAUUAUUUGGGAAGUUGGGAUUUAAAUGAUGAUGAUCCAGAUCCUAUGCCUAGCGACAGUAAAGUGAAUAAUCAUCAUGGAACUCGUUGUGCCGGGGAAAUAGCAGCUGUAGCGAAUGAUAUCUGUGGUGUUGGGGUGGCUUACAAUUCAAAAAUAUCGGGUUUAAGAGUUUUAGAUGGACCAAUGACAGACAGUUUAGAAGCUACAGCUUUUAAUAAAAAAAUGCAGAUUAAUGAUGUAUAUAGUUGCAGUUGGGGUCCAGAUGAUGAUGGUAAAACAGUUGAUGGACCACAUAUCAUGGCUGCCAAAGCUAUGAAAUUUGGUGUUGAUUUUGGGAGGAAAGGUUAUGGUAGUAUUUUUGUUGUAGCAAGUGGUAAUGGUGGUCGUCACCAUGACAACUGUAAUUAUGAUGGCUAUGCAAAUUCUAUAUAUACAGUUACUAUAGGUGCUGUAGAUGAAAUAGGACAUAUGCCUUACUAUGCUGAAGAAUGUGCUUCAAUGUUGGGAGUUACGUUUAGUAGUGGUAAAGCCAAUAACAGAGAUAUAGUUACAACUGAUUGGACUAAGAGAAAUGGGGCUGGAUGUACAGAACGUCAUACAGGUACCAGCGCCGCGGCACCACUAGCUGCUGGUAUGAUAGCUCUCAUGUUACAAGUACGGCCAUGUUUAACAUGGAGGGAUGUACAGUAUAUUAUAAUACUUACAGCACUGAAGGUUGAUGUGGAUGUCGCCCAUUGGCAGAAAAAUGGAGCAGGCUUAUAUCACAGUCAUAAACAUGGUUUUGGUUUGCUAAAGGCUUGGAGAUUGGUCAAUGCAGCAAAGAUUUGGGAAACUGUGCCUUGGAUUACAUCAUUUUCAUACGGUGUCAAGGACAUUAACUUACAAAUACCUAAAAAUAACAAAACUCCCCUUGUUAUUGAACAUACUGUUAGUGAAGAUGCCGUACAAGGUUAUGAUUUAUAUAUAUUAGAAUAUGUUCAAGUUACUGUGACAAUAACCCAUCCUGUACGAGGUAAAUUAUCAUUGAAAUUAAAAUGUCCGAGUGGUACCAACUCUGUUAUAGGAGCAGACAGAGCUCUAGACAGAUCUGCUGCUGGUUUCUCUGAUUGGACAUUUUCAACUGUACGAUGUUGGGGUGAACAACCAGUAGGAAAAUGGAUUAUUACAAUAACAGAUUCAGAUACAGAGAAAGGUUUUGGUUAUGUAAAGAAAUGGCGACUUCGAUUAUUUGGUACACCUUUAACACCUGAAGAUUUCCAGGAGAGGAGACAGAAAAUAGAAGAAGCCAUGAGUGGUGUUUAUUUAAAUGAUAGUUUUUCUUUACCAUGUCUUCCACCACCUGUUACAUCCAAACCAGACGUGCCUUUUACAAUCAAAACUUUAAAAAUUCUUGUACUUGCCAGUGCUUUCUGUAUGUUUAUGGCAGUUUAUGAAACAUUUGAAUAUAUAUUUUGUUAUAAUGAAGAAAAGAGGGAACAUCAACGAAGAAUGGAGUUGGCGCUUCAGGCGCAUGAUAUGUCUCAAAACGCGGCCAAUCACGAUUCAAAUGACGAAGUGACAGAAUCGACUAGUUUACUUCAGGGUGAGGAAAUGACCGUAAUGAAUAGCACACAGGAAGUGACAUUAGAUGGUUCUAAUUUUAUGAUUGACGAUCUACAAACCGUGGAUUUAGAAAGUAAUAAUACAAACAGUGAUUUAAGUCGUAACCAUGGUGAUUGUGAUAAUUUAAGUAUAAUUGUAGACUCGUCAUUGGUUUCAAAUAAUCAAACUCUGCAAACAGAUGUAGACGAUGACUUUUGUUCCUCAUCUGGUGAUAAAACUGCAAAAUUUGAAUCUUUAAGUCUUUCAGAGGAAGAGGAAGUGCCUUCUUUAAAUACUGCAGCUUCAAAAGUAGAGCCAUAUGAUUGGUUAAAAUACACCAAAAAUAGAUGAUUUUUGUUUAAUAUUUUAUUUUAGUACAUUGUGAUGUUAUUUUAUUUAAAAUUCAAAUAUGCAAGUAUUGAUAUUGCGGCUAUAUUUUACAGGACAGUCUUUAUUAGAGAUGGCUGUGAAAAUACGCACAUUUUCUCAAAAUUUUUCAGAAAAAUGAGCGUUUUCUCACAGCAAGCAAUUUCUUAACUAAAGUCUAAUUCACAUAUUCCAGAAAAAAGAAAAUUUGCUCCAUCGGAUUAAAACACAGAUCCUAUUUCGUUUCGUUUUUAUAGUUCAAAAUUUCGUUUUACUUGUCUGUACUACACUAGGAUCUGGAUUAGCGUUCAGGUGAGAGAUUAGCCAAUGAACCCAUCUGUUCUGGCGACUUCUUGGCAUGCGAUGCACGGAACUGUGGGUAAACCACUCGAAACAUCAACGCUGAUUGAUUAAUACAUGUCUGACAUCAUAGGGUCAAAAGCCGUUCGUACAACCCCGGACGCGACCUUUUUACUACAUCUGGUCAAAUCUUCAUGUAGUGUAGACCAUCAAUAGUAUAAAAAAACAAAACGAAAUAUAGAUCUGUAUUUUAAUCAGAUUCAAACUUGUUAUAAAAUCUACAAAUUGAUAUUUGUUUAGUUUCAAAUAGUUUAUGAGGAUCUAAUGAAAAUUAAAAAAGGUUCUUUACAUGGAUGAUUAUGAAAUUUCUUAAAUCACAUCAAGUAGAUUGUAACCAAAAUCAUGAUUUUAUAGCUGAUAAUUUUAAGAGAUUUUAAAUUACACUUUAACUUUGUCUUGUCUUAUAACUUAACCAGUUACUCUAAGAGAAAACCAGCAAUACGAUAUUUUGUGGCAAUAGAUUACCAUGGUAUAUUAAUUAAACACCGAUUGUUUAGAUAUAUACGAGGGGGAUUAUUACUAGUAGAAUACGUGAGUUUAGAAACAUCAAACUCUUUGUUUCUAACAUGACAAAAGGUAGGGUUGCCUCUCCAACCUCGUGAGUUUUCUCCGGGUCCUCCGGUUUCCUCUCACUGCUAAAGACCCCUACGUGCAAGCGAAUUAUUGAAAUAAAAUUGAACCAUAUGUUAGUCCUAAAAUGACCUUGUUUGUGUCGAGUGGAGUUAAACCCCCCAUCUCUCUCUCUCUCUCUCUCUCUCUCUCUGUUUCUAACAAAUGACAAAUUUCAACUCUUAUCUGCAAGUGAUUGGGUAAAAGUCAGUGUAUUACAAUUCACAGGGCCCUUAUUCACGAAAACUUAAACUAAGAUACAAUCGGAAUUUUAAGAAAUACUGCAAUU